UUCCGAGGUCGACUUGUCAAGAAUGCUUCGCGUCGUAUUCUUCGUUUUUCUACUUGGUAGCAGCUUGGCUUACUACAAAUUGGGCAUUGGAGUAUACAUUUUAAACAUUGCGGAUAUUAACGUUGUUGCCGGCUCGUUCUAUGCCGACUACCUGCUGACUAUCUACAAGAGUGAAAAGUCGUACGACAGCUUGGAGAGUCUGAUGCAUACGUUCGUUGACCAGGACAGAAGAAUGUGCAACAGAACGGGAGAUGGUACAUUUAAGCCAUUGAAUUAUAGUGCUGAUGAUGUAUUCAUUGUAAAUGUUGAUCGGUUUUACAACUUUUUGCCAUUGUUGGGGUUUAAUGCCAGUUUGCUUGGACAACACAGGGUCAUGGGUGUUCAUUAUUUUCGACCACAACUCAAAGAGUGGCCAUUUGAUACUCAAGCACUGCCAAUCGUGAUCGACAUGGCACAUCAAGUUGCCACACUGGACGUUUCUGCAGUAGUAUGUCACAUGCCACACUUCAGUGGUGUGUCAAGCAGUGUUAUGUUUCCCGGCGGCUCAUCUCACACUCUAGACUUCAGUUUUAAUACAGUCGAACGAUGCUGGCCACCGUUUGCAUACCCAGAUGCCACAUGCUCGGGAAGCAACUUUGGUACUUCAGACUGCGAAUGCCCUUUUGUCGAAGUCAACAAUGUAUCUCUCGGCAUACCCCAUUCCCAGUACAACGACUUCUCGUGCCGCUGCAAGGGUGGCAAAUUUCUGGCAUCCGAAUAUGAGUUCAAGGUUACAUACAGUACUCCUGAGAGCAAAGGCUUCCAGACUGAUAUCUUGCCUGUCAUGUUUAUCAUGUUGGUCAAUCUCAUUUCGUACGUUAUUCCACCAGAGGAAAAUUCUCUUCGUGUAUCGACAUGUAGCAGCACUCUAAUUGCCGCUGUUCUAUUUCACAGCGGAAUCCAGAGCCAAGUGCCACCGACAGGCUCACUAUCAACAGCCGAUGUGUUUCUCUUAGUCAAUUAUGCUGUGAAUCUUGUCAGUUGGGUCGUGACUCUAAUUAUCGUUGUUGCUGUCAACUCGCCGCUCAUUAAGCCCUACCGCGUUGCCGAGCAUGUGUACUAUGCAACACGAAUUUUUGGGCCAAUACUCAGUCUAUCGGUCAUGCCCUCAUUUAUCAUUUACUACGAACAAUCUCUUUGGUGGUAUUUGUUAUUAUCGAUUACAUCCGGUAUUAUUCUUAGCACGGGACUUUACAUUAUUCAAAAUAAAAUUAUUAAAAAAUUGCAGAGAAGAGUAAAGAGGAGUAGGAAAAGAAAGAUGUCUGAUGAUUCGGAUCACUUUCCUUUGCUGGUUGUCAGUGAUAGCAAGACAAAUGCAACGUGACUCUAAUUGUGUGCAAAGACUUGUUGAUCAAAUGUGCUUGGUUGUGCUCUGUGCUUGAGUUUGGUGAUAUGGUAUAGUCCUACACAUUUGUAUACAUUUGUAUGGAUUAUUUAGGGUUAGUAAUGUUGUCAAUUUGUACUGCUUGAGCAAAUAUUAAUUAACUACUCAAUUUCAUUUGCGAUGAUUUCUAUAUCU